CACGCUCUCACUUCGACGCACACCAUGGCCUCUGCCUCCAUUUCGAGAAAACGCAAACGCGACACCGACGAUGCUGGAAAAAUCACCCUCCUGAACUCGUCUCAGUCAACAUCGCACCUUGGCCCAGUGUUAGCCAGUUUUCCAGCCCUCCAACCGCCUAAGAAGACAUCAUUCCGGUGCUGGCGGAGAGACAAGCAUGUCGACGGGACGGAAGCUUUUGCGUCUCAGGACACCCUCGUCGCUGGAGAAACGGAGACGGUAGAGUUCUCCACAUCGGGCGAAAGCCAACAGGCCUCCGUGGGCUGCAGCUAUCUAGUUGCUGUACACAACAAACGGACGAACACAACUGUGUUCCGUCCCGCACCACUCCAUAUCAUGAACCAACAAGUGAAAGCGCUCAAGAACCUUGCUCCCAUAGAGGCCACCAAUGAGGAACGCGCACAGCUGCGUAACAAACUUGGUGAAACGUUCGGAACGAAGAAGGCGAAGGCAGCCAUCCGCGCGCAAGAGCGAAACAGGGUGGAUAUCGAUGCUCUGAAGGGUGUGACCGGUCAUCUGCAAGAAACCAUCAUGGAGAAUACUAGCAGUUUACCGACAUUAGAGGAGGCGAAGGAAGCCGCGGACAGCAACCGACUCAUUCCCCCACACAACCCGAACGCAGAUCGACCGGACAACGUCUAUGCGUUGCACGACAUCAUCCCUGAGACGGAGUUCAAUGCUUUGUCGGUGGCACCGUUCCGGUCUGCAACAAAUGUCCAGGAACGGAAGGCGUUGUUGCCCUUCCGACAAUCGAAUUGGGUCAACCAGCAUAUCUAUCAAUUGUUCCAGGCGCCGAAGCUCAGGAAGACCGACCUGAAGAUCGUCAUGUAUGUCUCUGCGAUGCUGGCGUUCAGGAUGGCAGCGCGGUCCGUCAACGACAAAGAGGCGUUACAGAAGAAGUUCACCGGCGUACCGCAAAUCGUCGUUGAUGGGUUGUUGUCUCGGUUCACAGAAAGCGAGAGAGAUACGAACAAAAUCAAGGUAACGAGCCAAACAGAGACGAUGCUCAUGACAUAUAUGCUCGCGCUCUGCCUGCGCGUCGAUGACUUCGCAACCGACACGGAGCUUAUUGCCCACGAUCUCAAAAUGCCGGCCUCCAAGGUCAACCCGCUAUUCAAGGCGCUCGGGUGUAACAUCCGCAAGCUAGACCACAAAGACCUCAAACGGCUGGGCCUGCCCGACUCUGCUACAGAGUCGAAGCGUGCGAUCUUGGAGGUGCCUGUGAAGUUCCCUCAGCCGCGUCCGAAGCGUGCUCGCCGCUAGGAACAUGUUACAUCUACGUCGGGAUACAGCACUUUGUGAAUUGAUCCCUGGUGGUGGUGUUGCCUUCUCCACAUUCUGCUGCGAAGAUCCAUCUGCGGAGCGCGUCCGCGUCGCUGGGACCCAGAUAUCUGUUCCCGGGGCUGCUUAGGUGAGGUACUCAAGUCCUGCGCGGGAGUUCUCUUCGGCUCUUCUACUGUGCAUUGCGGCGCUGCUUCCGAUUGCCCGGAUGUUGCGGCGUGGAUGAAUGCGGACUCAUUCAGUGGGAGUCCGCAUGCCUCUUCGAAAGUCAGCAUCUCGCAAGCAUCGGCCUGUACGUUCGUUUCGCAAACGUUUUACCACUUUAUGCCAUGAACUCA